GUGGGCCGCGACCGUCUCUCCGCGCCAUUUUCAAACUGCGUUCGUGUCCGAGCCAUUGGCCGCAGCGGGAGGAGACAGCGAGGACGGUGGGUCCCGAGGGCGAUGCGCCUCGGGACGGGGCGGCUGCGGCAGCAACGGGCUUUAAGUUUGGAGUCUGACUGAAACUGGUUUUGGAAGCAAGAUGACUACAGCUGCAGAGAGAAAGUAUAUUAACAUUAGGAAAAGGUUAGACCAGCUGGGCUACCGCCAGACCCUGUCAGUGGACAGUCUGCCUUUGGUAGAAAAACUUUUCAGUGAUUUGGUUCACACAACAGAAAGCCUGCGGCAAUGCAGGCUGUCCUCGGUAAAAGCAGAAAAGGACAGUGCCAAUUUCGAUUUUGUUCUGGAACCUUAUAAACUUGAAAACACAAGACUGAAUAAGGAGAAUAAUGAAUUGUAUCUGGAGUUAAUGAAGCUGAGAGAAUACUCAGACAAGCACAUUAAAGACUUGAAAAUCACACUGAAGAAAUCCUCACGAGAGACAGCUGAUCUGAAGUUUCUGAAUAACCAGUAUGUCCACAAGGUCAGACUCCUGGAGAAAGAGAGCAAAGCUAAGGACGAAAAAAUCCAGCAGCUUCAAGAAAAAAAUCUGCGUGCGGUAGUACAGACUCCUGGGGGCAGGAAAAGAAACAUUGCGUUUAGGCGCCAGCGGAUGCAAAUCGAUGAGCCAGCCCCACCCUCGGAAGUCAGCUCCUACCCAGUUCCUCAACCAGAAGACCCGUACAUCGCGGACCUCCUGCAAGUGGCUGACAAUAGGAUUCAGGAGCUGCAGGAGGAAGUGCACCAGCUGCAAGAGAAACUAGCGCAGAUGGAGAAAGGAGUGCAGGACUACAGCAGGCAGAUCGAACUAAGAGAACGAGAAAUAGAGCGACUGUCCGUUGCUGUGGAUGGCGGCCGUUCCCCUGACAUCCUGUCUCUGGAGACUAGAAAUAAAACCAACGAGAAGCUUAUUGCUCAGUUAAAUAUCCAGGUUGACUUCCUUCAACAAGCUAAUAAGGAACUGGAGAGGCGUAUCCAAGAGCUCAUGGAGACCAAGGCGACAGUGACAACUGAGGUUGUGAACCUAAGCAACAGAAACGAAAAGCUCUGCCAGGAACUAACAGAAAUCGACCAGAUGGCCCAGCAGCUGGAAAGGCACAAGGAACAAGUGCUGGAGACGGCAGACAGGGAGCUCGGGGAGGCAAAGAAAGAGAUUAAAAGAAACCUCUCUGAAAUGCGGAACCUUGAGGAAAAAAUGUCAAAACUGCAAUGGGAAUUAGAUGUAAGCAAUAAGGAGAAGGAGAGACUGAAUGGUGAACUACUUUUAAAGUCAGACCUGGAGACGGUUGUUCAUCAGCUUGAACAAGAAAAGCAAAGACUUAACAAAAAACUGCAGAGUUUUGCAGUCACAGAAAGAGAACUGACUCUGGAGGUUGAGAGGAUGAGGCUAGAACACGGGAUAAAACGUCGAGACAAGUCGCCCUCCCGUCUAGACACAUUUCUGAAAGGCAUAGAGGACGAGCGCGAUUAUUACAAGAAAGAGCUGGAGAAACUGCAGCAUCUCAUCCAGCGAAGAUCAUGCUCUGUUAUUUACUGUGCUCGGGAGAAACCUCCUAUAAUCAAAUGCUCAGAAAAGGGUGACUGCAAUUCCGACAUUCAUCUGAUCACAAGAGAAAGGGAUGAGCUUCAGCGCAUGCUAGAAAGAUUUGAGAAAUACAUGGAGGAUAUACAGUCCAACGUGAAACUGCUGACGGCAGAAAGGGACAGACUAAGUGUCCUGUAUAAGGAAGCAAAGGAAGAGUUAUCUGCACUAAGACAGGAGUCCACUGGUUCACUGGCCCCCAACAAUCUUGUAAGUUGUAUAGAAAAGGAGAAAGAACGCGCAUUAUCUGACUUAAGAAGAAUUACAGCAGAAAAGGAAGCUCUGAGAGAAAAGUUGAAAAAUAUCCAAGAACUGAAUGUUGUUGGAAAAUCAGAAUUAGAGAAGACUAUUGAACAUUUGACGUAUAUUAAUCACCAGCUUGAAAAUGAAAAAUAUGAAUUACAAUCUAAAAUAUUAAUAAUGAAAGAAACAAUAGAAUCAUUAGAGAGCAAAUCAAAACUCCAAGCUCAAAAACUUAGCCAUGUGACUGGUGACUCAUCUCAUCAGAAAACAGAGAUGAACUCGCUCAGGAUAGUGAGUGAGCAGCUACAGCGGUCACUUGAUGACUGUCAGCACCGACUUUCCAUAAAAAGAGGUGAACUCGAAUCAGCCCAAGAACAAAUUAAAGCGCUGGAGCAGAAACUAGAGUCUCUGAGCCACAGGAUGACAAUGCAAAGCGAAGAAACUCAUGCGAUGAAGAAGACCAUUGGCGUGAUGGACAAAGAAAAGGACUUUCUCCAGGAGACUGUGGAUGAGAAGACGGAAAAGAUCGCCAGCCUGCAAGACAGCCUCAUUAGUAAAGAAAAAGCUAUUACCCAGUUGAAGGUCACAGUCUCGGAGUGUGAAUCGUCACUGAACCAACUACAAGAAACUUUGACUAAUCGAGACCGAGAGAUAAACAGCCUCCGUCGCCAGCUUGAUGCAACUCACAAGGAACUUGACGAUGUUGGGAAAUCUAGAGAGAUCUCUUAUAAGGAAAAUAGAAGGUUACAAGAUGACCUGGCCACAAUGGCGAGAGAAAACCAGGAGAUCUCACUGGAACUGGAAGCAGCAGUGCAAGAGAAAGAAGAGAUGAAGAGCAGGGUUCACAAGUAUAUCACUGAGGUGUCACGAUGGGAGAGCCUAAUGGCCGCGAAGGAAAAAGAAAACAAAGACUUGCUAGAUAGAUUCCAGAUGCUUCACAACCGUGCUGAGGACUGGGAGAUCAAAGCUCAGCAAGCGGAGGGGGAGAACAGCUCAGUCCGCCUAGAGCUGCUGUCUAUUGAUACAGAGAGAAGGCACCUGCGAGAGCGGGUGGAGCUCCUGGAGAAGGAGAUCCAGGAGGAGGGUGACUUAACAAGCAAAGACUUAUCGGAGACCACCAUGCAAAGACAGAGGGAGACUUCAUGCUGACUUUGCAACCUCAGAUGUGGGCCUGGAGUGGGCUCUGCCUCAGAAUCUCCAGAGGGAGUCAGCUGUGCUAUCAUGUGACAUUUGCAUCUCUGCCCCUGGAACUGUGAGGAGGAAGUUUCUCUUGUGAGUCUCUAAAGUUGUGGCCAUUUGCUGCCACAGCCCAGGUACCCCGAUUCAGACUUGGGGGCCAAAAAGGGGGUCACUGCUGUUAACAAACAUUGGGAAACGUAGAAACCAUAGAGUUGGGUAAUGAACAGAAACCAGAACAGUUUUGAGGUAUCUGAUGGGAAAAGCCUGCAUUGUCUUAAGGAGAUAUUUAUAGAAGUAUCAGUACUGUGGGCUUUGUAAAGGGGAGAACGUUGACCUGGGAUAGAGGUCAGUUAGAGGAAUGCCUGUGUAGCAGGUGUGAAGCCCUGACUUCGAGCCCCACAACCACAUGGGCCAGGUGGGAUAGCACCUGCCUACUCUCCUGGCACCUGGAAGAAGCUUCAGAUCAUCCUGAUUUACAUAGUAAAUUCUAGGCCAGCCUGAGCUGGAGGAGACGCUGUCUCUAAGUAAAUACAUUUUAAAGAGAAGAGAUAAAAAUUCUUUAGUACAGAGUACACAUUAUUGUAAAUGGAAUGUUUCUUCUAACAAGUCUCAAAUAGAAUUGAAGAACAUAUUAUUGGAUACUGCAAAAAGUGUGACCCUGUUGCAGAUAAUGUGACAAAAUUAUGUAUAGUGUUGGGAAGACAAUAGAACACAUGAGAGAUGGAUACUUAACUGAGAUGUUUACUCAGAGUGUGGGAGGGAAGCCUCACUUAUGAGGUACGGUGCAGAAGGAACUGUCAAGCAAAGGAACCAGAACUUAAUGGAUUUAAAAGUAUUCCAGCAUCCAUAUACUACUCUCUAUAGGCAGGGCCAGUGUUAUGACUAGAUAACUUAAGACAGAAGUCAUGGAUCUAGGCAGCCCUCUCGUCAGAAACUAAAAGAGACAAGACAUGAAAGGAAGACAGACUGUGGGCUUCUGGAGUCUUACCAGAGGAAGAUAGGCCACCGUCACCUUUAAGAAAAGGGGAGAAUGACCAAGAAUAGUCCAGAAGCCACAGUGGAGCUCCAGAGAGCAGUUCAAAGGCUGGUGAGACUUCCUCUGCCAUGAGACCCAGAAGACAUGGACCUAGGUUUGGGGCUAGAGGUCAUUAGGGGCUUUUAUCCAGGGGACAGUGCAUUAAUACCACAGAUAGUUUACUCUUUAAGACGUGAAGUUGAAUAGAAGUUAUAUUGCUUGAUUCUAGACUGACUUUGGACUAGGGUUAUGGUUUGAAUCUCUCACAUCUCCUAAAGACGUAGUCACCAGCCUGUGAUGUUACUGCAGGGGUUGGAGUCUUUAAGAAGUGGAGCGUCACUAAGGAAGUUAGCUCAGGGGUACAUCAUUGAGGAAGUAUCAGGACCUUGGUUCUUCCUUACCCCUCUUUCGCUUCCAGGCUCUAGUGAAGUGAGUGGACUCCCCUGAACAGAAUCGGCCAUGCAAUUCUGUCAUAUAAUUUCCUUCUCACCACAUCCCAAAAGCAAUGGGGCAAAGUGACUGUGGGCUGAAAUCUCUAAAACCGUGAGCCAAAAUCCAAUUGUCCUCCCAGAUGAUUCGUCAGUGUUUUGUCCCAGUGAGUGAAUGCUGACUGGCACAACUGUUAGCCAGCUUCAUGCCUCUUCCUCUCCGGCUUAGAAUGGAGCAUCUGCUCUGUGCCUGAUGCACUGCUGUAUUUCGGAGCACGUAACUUGUUUUCUAGUAUUAGAGGCAGGUAGAUGGAGUAAAGGUUACCUCGAAGUGCACCAGAGAGACUCACGUCCAUACCUAACUCAGCUGGCACCUAAGCGAGCCGGGCUUGAUGCUGUGCUGUAGGGCCAUGGAGGCGGUGCCAUGGAUCCAGGGGCUACUGAGUUUCCCUAGAUCCCACAUGGCAGGAAGAGAAAACUGACUGCUGCAAGUUGUUCUUUGAUUGUCACACUCACAACCCGGCCCAAUGAACACAUAUUCAAAAGCAUUAAACCUAAUAAAAGAGUUUGGCCACCCUGGAGGUGUUUCAUGCAUGAGAAGGGCCUAACUUUGCAGGGCUUUAAAGUAGGUACAAUUUUAACUGCUGACAAUCCCCCUGGGUGCCUCAUGACUCCUGGGUGUGACCUGGUGCAAAGCAGUGUCUUUGCAGACUUAGUUAAGAUUAGUCCUGCUGGGUAAGGCAAACCAUGACCAGUGAACACCCCAUGUCCGUCUGAGAUGAGGGGAAUCUGGGACCUGAGCAGCACUGUGAAAUGGAGGUAGAGACAUCUGCAAGGCAAGAUGAUCGCCAACAACACCACAGAAGGGAGGUGUAGAACUUUGCCUCAGUCUCCAGAAGGAACGGGUUUGGUUGUUGAAAUAAUAUAUUUUUAUUGUAUAUUUUUAUAUUUGCAUUUUAGCUGUUAUCCCCUUUCCCAGUUUCCCCUCCAGUUUCUCUCCCUGCGUCUAUGACGGUGCUCCCCCACCUCCCCACCCACUCCUGCCCACCUCCCCACCCAGACAUUUCCCAACUUGGGUAUCGAGCCUUGACAAGACCAAGGGCCGCUCCUCCCAUUGAUGCCCCAUAAGGCCAUCCUCUGCUACAUAUGCAGCUGGAACCAUGGGUCUGUCCAUGUGUGCUCUUUGGUUGGUGGUUUAGUCCCUGAGAGCUUUUCAACUAAGAUCCACUUGUCAGUGAGUAUAUAACUUAUAUAUUAUUUUAUGAUUGCGUUACCUCACUCAGGAUGAUAUUUUCUAGUUCCAUCCAUUUGCCUAAGAAUUUCAUAAAGUCAUUGGUUUUAAUAGUUGAGUAAUAUUCCAUUGUGUAAAUAUACCACAUUUUUCUGUAUCCAUUCCUCUGUUGAAAGACAUCUGGGUUCUUUCCAGCUUCUGGCUAUUAUAAAUAAGGCUGCUAUGAACAUAGUGGAGCACGUGUCUUUGUUAUAUGUUGGAGCAUCUUUUGGGUAUAUGCCCAGAAGUGGUAUAGCUGGGUCCUCAGGUAGUGCAAUGUCCAAUUUUCUGAGGAACCUCCAGACUGAUUUCCAGAGAGGUAAUCCAGUUUGCAAUCCUACCAACAGUGGAGGAGUGUUCCUCUUUCUCCACAUCCUCGCCAGCAUCUGCUAUCACCUGAGUUUUUUUAUCUUAGCCAUUCUGACUGCUGUGAGGUGGAAUCUCAGGGUUGUUUUGAUUUGCAUUUCCCUUAUGACUAAGAAUGUUGAACCUUUCUUUAGGUGCUUCUCAGCCAUUUGAUAUUCCUCAAUUGAGAAUUCUUUGUUUAGCUCUGUACCCCAUUUUUAAUAGGGCUAUUUGUUUCUCUGGAGUCUACCUUCUUGAGUUCUUUGUAUAUUUUGGAUAUUAACCCUCUAUCAGUUGUAGAAUUGAUAAGACCUUUCUCCAAUCUGUUGAUUGAUGUUUUGUCCUAAUGACAGUGUCUUUGCAACUUUAUGAGGUCCCAUUUGUUGAUUCUUGAUGUUAGAGCAUAAGCCAUUGGUGUUCUGUUCAGGAAAGUUUCCCCUGUACUCAUGUGUUCAAGGCUCUUCCCCACUUUCUCUUCUAAUAGUUUCAGUAUGUCUGAUUUUAUGUGGAUGUCCUUGAUCCACUUGGACUUCAGCUUUACAGGGCACUAAGAAUGGGUCUAUUUGCAUUCUUCUACAUGCUGACCUCCAGUUGAACCAGCACCAUUUGUUGAAAAUGUUGUCUUUUUUCCACUAAUGGUUUUAGCUCCUUUGUCAAAGAUCAAGUGACCAUAGGUGUGUGGGUUCAUUUCUGGGUCUUCAAUUCUGUUCCAUUGAUCUACCUGGCUGUCUCUGUACCAAUACCAUGCAGUUUUUAUCACUAUUGCUCUGUAAUACAGCUUGAGGUCAGGGAUGGUGAUUCCCCCAGAAGUUCUUUUAUUAUAGAGGAUAGUUUCGCUAUCCUGGGUUUUUUGUUAUUCCAAAUGAAUUUGCAAAUUGCUUUUUCUAACUCUGUGAAGAAUUGAGUUGGAAUUUUGAUGGGGAUUGCAUUGAAUCUGUAGAUUGCUUUUGGCAAGAUGGCCAUUUUUACUCUAUUAAUCCUGCCAAUCCAUGAGCAUGGGAGAUCUUUCCAUCUUCUGAGAUCUUCUUGAAUUUCUUCACAGACUUGAAGUUCUUGUCAUACAGAUCUUUCACUUACUUGGUUAGGGUCACAUAGAGGUACUUUAUAUUUUUUGUGACUAUUGUAGAGGGUGUCCUUUCCCUAAUGUUUUUCUCAGUCUGUUUAUCUUUUGAGUAGAGGAAAGUUACUGAUUUGUUUCAGUUAAUUUUAUAUCCAGCCACCUUGCUGAAGGUGUUUAUUAGGUUUAGUAGUUCUCUGGUGGAAUUUUUGGGGUCACUUAAGUAUAUUACCAUAUCAUCUGCAAAUAGUGAUAUUUUGACUUCUUCCUUUCCAAUCUGUAUCCCCUUGAUCUCCUUUUGUUGUCUGAUUGCUCUGGCUAGAACUUCAAGAACUAUAUUGAAUAAGUAGGGAGAGAGUGGGCAGCCUUGUCUAGUCCCUGAUUUUAGUGGGAUUGCUUCAAGUUUCUCUCCAUUUAGUUUAAUGUUAGCAACUGGUUUGCUGUAUAUGGCUUUUACUAUGUUUAGGUAUGGGCCUUGAAUUCCUGAUUUUUCUAAGACUUUUAUCAUGAAGGGAUGUUGAAUUUUGUCAAAUGCUUUCUCAGCAUCUAAUGAGAUGAUCAUUUUUUUUCCUUUGAGUUUAUUUAGAUAAUGGAUUACAUUGAUGGAUUUGCAUAUAUUGAACCAUCCCUGCAUCCCUGGGAUGAAGACUACUUGAUCAUGAUGGAUGAUCAUUUUGAUGUGUUCUUGGAUUCAGUUUGUGAGGAUUUUAUUGAAUAUUUUGUAUCAAUAUUCAUAAGUGAAAUUGGUCUGAAGUUCUCUUUCUUUGUUGGGUAUCUGUGUGGUUUAGAUAUAAGCGUAAUUGUGGCUUCAUAGAAUUGGGUAGUGUUCUUUCUGUUUCAAUUUUGUGGAAUAGUUUGGAUAGUAUUGGUAUGAGGUCUUCUAUGAAGGUCUGAUUGAAUUCUGUACUAAACCCCUCUGGUCCUGGGCUUUUUUUGGUUGGGAGACUUUUAAUAACUGAUUCUAUUUCUUUAGGAGUUAUGGGACUGUUUAGAUGGUUUAUCUGAUCCUGAUUUAACUUUGGUACCUGGUAUCUGUCUAGAAAAUUGUCCAUUUACUCCUGAUUUUCCAGUUUCGUUGAGUAUAGGCUUUUGUAGUAGGAUCUGAUGAUUUUUUUGAAUAUCCUCAGUUUUUCUUGUUAUGUCUCCCUUUUUAUUUCUGAUUUUUCAGUUUGGAUACUGUCUCUGUGCCCUUUGGUUAGUCUGGCCAAGGGUUUAUUUAUCUUGUUGAUUUUCUCAAAGAACCAGCUCCUGGUUUUAUUGGUUCUUUGUAUUGUUCUUUUUGUUUCUACAUGGUUGAUUUUAGCUGAGUUUGAUUAUUUCUUGUCGUCUACUCCUCUUGGGUAUAUUUCCUUCUUUUUGUUCUAGAGCCUUUAGAUGUGCUGUCAAGCUGCUAGUGUAUGCUGUUUCCAGUUUCUUUUUGGAGGCACUCAAUGCUAAGAGUUUUCCUCUUAGCACAGCUUUCAUUGUGUCCUAUAAGUCUGGGUAUGUUAUGCCUUCAAUUUCAUUAAAUUCUAAAAAGUCUUUAAUUUCUUUAUUUAUUUCUUCCUUGACCAGGUUAUCAUUGAGUAGAGCGUUGUUCAGCCUCCAUGUGUAUGUGGACUUUCUGAUUUUUUUUUUGUUGUUAUUAAAGACCUUCCUUAGUCCAUGGUAAUCUGAUAGGAUGCAUGAGAUUAUUUCUAUCUUCUUGUAUCUGUUCAGGCCUGUUCUGUGACCGAUUAUAUGGUCAAUUUUGGAGAAGGUACCAUGAGGUGCUGAGAAGAAGGUGUAUUCUUUUGUUUUAGGAUGAAAUAUUCUAUAAAUAUCAUUUAGUUCAUAAAUUCUGUGAGUUUAUCUAUGUCUCUGUUUAGUUUCUGUUUCCAUGAUCUGUCCAUUGAUGAGAGUGAGGUAUUGAAGUCUCCCACUAUUAUUGUGUAAGGUGCUCAAAGCUUUAGUAAGGUUUCUUUUAUGAAUGUGGGUGCCCUUGCAUUUGGAGCAUAGAUAUUCAGAAUUGAGAGUUCUUUUUGGUGGAUUUUACCUUUGAUGUGUAUGAACUGUCCUUCCUUAUAUUUUUUGAUAAGGACUUUUGGUUGAAAGUCAAUUUUAUUCAAUAUUAGAAUGGCUACUCCAGCUUGUUUCUUGGGACCAUUUGCUUGGAAAAAUUUUUUCCAGCCUUUUACUCUGAGGUCUGUCUUUGUCACUGAGGUUUUUUUUUUCCUGUAUGCAGCAAAAUACUGGGUCCUCUUUACAUAUCCAGUCUGCUAGUCUGUGUCUUUUUUGGGGGAAUUGAGUCUAUUGAUAUUGAGAGAUAUUAGGGACCAAUGAUUGUUGUUUCCUGUUAUUUUUGUUGUUAGAGGUGGAAUUAUGUUUGUGUCACUAUCUUCUUUUGGGUUAGUGGAAAGAAGUAUACUUUCUUGCUUUUUCUAGAGUGUAGUUUCCCUCCUUGUUUUGGAGUUUUCCAUCUGUUAUCCUUUGUAGGGCUGGAUUUGUGAAAAGAUAGUGUGUAAAUUUGGUUUUGUCAUGGAAUAUCUUGGUUUCUCCAUCUAUGUUAAUUGAGAGUUAUGCUGGAUACAGUAACCUGGGCUGGCAUUUGUGUUCUCUUAGGGUCUGUAUGACAUCUGCCCAGGAUCUUCUUGCUUUCAUAGUCUCUGGUGAGAAGUCUGGUGUAAUUCUGAUAGGUCUGCCUUUAUAUGUUACUUGAUCUUUUUCCCUUAUUGCUUUUAAUAUUCUUUCUUUGUUUUAUGCAUUUGGUAUUUUGACUAUUAUGUGACAGGCGGAGUUUCUUUUCUGGUCCAAUCUAUUUGGAGUUCUGUAGGCUUCUUGUAUGUUUAUGGGCAUCUCUUUCUUUAGGUUAGGGAAGUUUUCUUCUAUGAUUUUGUUGAAGAUAUUUACUGGCCCUUUAAGUUGGGAAUCUUCACUCUCUUCUAUACCUAUUAUCCUUAGGUUUGAUCUUCUCAUUGAGUCCUGGAUUUCCUGGAUGUUUUUGGUUAGGAACUUUUUGCAUUUUUCAUUUUCUUUGACUGUUAUGUCAAUAUUUUCUAUGUUAUCUUCUGCCCCUGAGAUUCUCUCUUCUCUCUAUUGUAUUCUGUUGGUGAUGCGUGUGUCUAUGACUCCUGAUCUCUUUCCUAGGUUUUCUAUCUCCAGGGUUGUCUCCAUUUGUUAUUUCUUUAUUGUUUCUAUUUUAAUUUUUAAAUCUUGCAUAGCUUUGUUCAAUUCCUUUAUCUGUUUGGUUGUGUUUUUUUAAUACUUCUUCAUGGGAUUUUGUGUUUCUCUUUAAGGGAUUCUAUCUGUUCACCUGUGUUGUCCUGUAUUCUUUAAGGGAGUUAUUUAUGUCCUUUUUAAAGUCUUCUAUCAUUAUCAUGAGAUGUGAUUUUAAAUACGAAUCUUGCUUUUCCGGUGUGGUGGAAUAUCCAGGACCUGCUGUGGUGGGAGAACUGGGUUCUGAUGAUGAUGAGAAGUGGUCUCAGUUGACUUCUGUGAACUCUGUUAAGGUCAUUUUGCUUUUUAAGAGUGCCUAUCUUCCUGAAACCCCAAAAUAGACUUUAUAUAAAUUCAUAGUUAUCACAUAAAAUUUAAAUAACAAGAAGUUUAUAAUGUGUGUUAUUUUGAGAAAGUCUUUGAUGAAUAUUUCAAAUUUUGCUCAUUAUUUCAAAGUCACUAAAUCUUAUAAAGUUAGCCAAUGAAACUAGACUAAAUUUACAUAUAAAUUUAGGUAUUUGGUAUUAAAAUAAACCCUAGUUUUGAAAUUUAGAAUUUAAAAGAAUGAUUUGGAAGUAUAUAUAAAUAUAUUUUUAUGUUAUAUGUUACUACUUGUUACUAUAACAAGGAAUAUUUAUAAAGAAAAAGCUUUAAAAACAUUCAUUCACAACACUUUAAUAUAAUUUUCCUCUUUAUAUUCUAAAUAUAUACAUGAGAUAUUUAGUUGUUAUGAUUAAUAAUUAUAUGCCAUUCCUUUAUGCAUUAACUCCCUGCUUAGGCUGUCUUAAAAUAGCACAUUACUUCCUGACAAUCUUUUAGCAUAUGCCAAAAUUGGUACUUGGGUUUCUGAAGUAAGUUUGUGGCUUACACAUAUUUCAGAAGACGUCUUUGAAGGCUUGCACUUUACGUGACUGAGUUAUGUUCCUUUUCAUGUUUUGCUUUCUGU